AUGGCCUCAGCUGCGGCCUAUUCGGCUUCGACCGUUUUCACGUUAAUUGGCGUGGCAUUGAUUGCCAUUGCUGGAUUCACCGACAAUUGGGCUGAAUAUUCGGUAAACUUUUUAAAUUUUACUAUUUGUAAAGAAAGUUUUUGCUAUUUUUUGUUUUGUAAAUAAAGUUCUUGCCAUUUUAAGUUUUGUAAAGAAAGUUCUUGCAAUUUUUUUGAUUUGUAAAGAAAGUUCUUGCCAUUUCAACUUUUGUAAAGAAAGUUUCUGCUCAAAGACCACCAAAUACCCGAAUUUUUGACAUUCCAUAUUUGGAACAGACGGAGAUAAGAGACAAUGAUUAAAGACCCGUCCUUGACCCACUUAUGUUCUUUUUUACGUCGUAACAAAACAAAACAUGUCGAUUGCCUCAAAUUUUACGUGGUAAAACUACAAGUUUUUAUGUUUUCAAUAGUAAAACGUUUUUUUAAAAGUUUUUAUUGCAAAAACUUUAUUUACAAAACAAAAAGUGGCAAGAACAUUAAAAAAUAGAAAAUACCAAAAAAUGGGGCCCAUCGUAUAACUUGUCACUGGCUCGCUGCAAAACUUACAAAUAUUGUUUUUUCUAGUUAAAACAGCAACAACUUUCUUUACAAAACGAAAAAUUGCAAGAACUUUCUUUACAAACCAUAAAAUGGCAAGAAUUUUCUUUGCAAGACAAAAAAUCGCAAGAUCUUUUUUUACAAAGCCUGAACAAACACGAAAUAGCAUUUCUCAUAUAACCUGUCACCCGCAGGCUGCAAAAUUCAUAAAUAUUGCCUUCGGAGAUAAAAAUGGCAAGAACUUUCUUUACAAAAAGAAAAAUAGCGAGAACUUUCUUUACAAAUUAAAAAAUGGCAAGAACGUUCUUUACAAAACAAAAAACGGCAAGAACUUUCUCUACAAAUUAAAAAUGGCAAACGCUCUCUUUACAACUUCUAUUUUUCAGGUCCUCCGCCGAAACCUGCCUUCAUUAGUGAAGAAAGGCACCGAUCUCAAUGAAAUCAUCUAUUUUCCUCGUAACUACGGUCUCUUCCACGUAUGUUUCCCAGACGAUGUGCCAUCUGGAAUCGGUUCAAUCUCGAAAUUUGGCCAAAACUGUGCCCAAAACCCUGAUAUGAAGGCCAAUCAGACGAUGAGAGAGCGCUUCAGCACAGUACAAUCACAACACUUUUACUUUUUGUGGGCUAAUGUUAUUUGCUAUGGUGCUGGAUUGGCAUGUGCGCUGGUUGGACUAUUCAUUGGAUGUGUUGGGUGUUUGAAGAAGAGCUCGAGGUUGACAUUGUUCACUGGUUUUGUCAUGUUCUUUGUUGGUAAGUUGGAGGAAAUUGGUCAUUUUUUUGAGUUGGAAAGAAAGUUUUUGCCAUUUUUUUCAUUGUAAAGAAAGUUCUUGCCAUUUUUAUUAGAAAGAACAUUAUUUGUGGGUUUUGAAGCUUGCGGGUGACAUGUUAUACGAUGGGUCGCAGAUAAUUGCAAUUUUAUUAUUUGUAAAGAAAGUUUUUGCCAUUUUGUGUUUUGUAAACAAAGUUUCUGCAAUUUUUAGCGCUGUAAAGAAUGUUCUGGUCCGUUUUUAGAUUUGAAACAAACUUUUUUCUGUUUUUACUUCAUAUUUUUGAGCUGUGCAGGCUGCGGGUGACAAGUUAUACGAAAAAUUACAAUUUUUGAUAUUUUUGAAAGUUGGAAAGAAAGUUCUUCCUACUUUUUGCUCUGUAAAGAAAGUUUUUGCUAUUUUUUAAAGAAAAGUUCUUAUUUAGGACUUGUGAACGCUGCGGGUGACAAGUUAUACGACGAAUAAUGUUUUUUUGUUUUUUAAGCCUUGUGAAGCAAGUUUUUGCUGUUUUUUGCUUUGUAAAGAAAGUUCUUGCUAGUUGGAGGAAAUUCGUCAUUUUUUGAGCUGUAAUAAAAGUUCUUGCCAUAUUUUGAUCUGUAAAGAAACUUCUUGCAAUUUUUUUGCUUUGUAAAGAAAGUUCUUGCCAUUAUUUGUCUUGUAAAGAAAAUUCCUGUUAUUUUGUCUUUUGUAAACAAAGUUCUUGCCAUUUUUCUCUAAUUUCAACUAUUUCAGUGCUAUGCCAAGUCGCAGCGAUAGCCCUCUUCCAUUGGAUCCAAUACCAAGAACGUCAUAUGUUAGAAAUGUCACCGUACUAUCGUUCCUGGCAGUCGGUGCUGAAACAGAACACCAGUUUCGCCUAUGGCUGGUCUUACAUUACUGCGUGGAUUGGAGUAAUUUUCCUGUUGAUUGGAGCCAUUACCUUGGUAUUGGCCUACCGUAGCCUGAAGCAGUGUAAAGAGAAGUCGUAUAAGGCUAAGGCUGAGGCGUUGUAUGCUCAGCACUAUGAUAAGGCCAUGAUGCCGUAUGGUGGUGCUUACAGUCCGUACGACAUAUACUCGACGUACUAUGGUCAUUAUCCGACUAUGCCGGCAGCGCCUGGUUACUAUACUCACAAUCCUUAUAUGUAUGGUCAUCAGUAG